CGGGGAUAAUGGACGGAUUUUACAACAAUUUGUACAACUCAUUGCAACGUCCACUACUAUAAAAAGGACCUUCAGAUUCGCCAUAUCGACAACUAUUAUCCAUCAUCUCAAAUCCACUACGUCCGCUACUAUUCAAAUACAUACCACUGUGAACAUGCCUCAACUCGUUGGUAAAGAAGUCGGCCCCAUCGGCCUAGGCCUGAUGGGCCUCACUUGGCGCGCAACCCCUCCUUCCCAAGAACAAGCCUUUGCGACUCUCCGCGCCGCUAUCGCUAACGGCUGCACCUCCUGGAAUGGCGCCGAAUUCUAUGGUACCCCCGAAUACAACAGUCUUGUCCUUUUAGAGCGGUAUUUCGAAAAGUACCCCGAAGACGCGGACAAAGUUGUCCUCAGCAUCAAGGGCGGAAUGAACCCCGAUACCCACCAGCUCGAUGGCUCGCCUGAGAACACCCGACGCACGCUCGACAACUGCAUCGCGCAGCUCAAGGGCCGCAAGAAGAUUGACAUGUUUGAGUUCGGGCGUCGUGAUCCAAACGUACCCCUCGAGGUUACAUUUGGUGUGGUUGAGCGCGAAUAUGUCCAGACGGGCAAGAUUGGCGGUAUUGCGCUGAGCGAGGUUCGCGCGGAGACGAUUCACGAGGCCGUGAAACACACCAAGAUCGUUGCGGCUGAGGUGGAGCUUUCCAUGUUCACCCCCGAUAUCCUGAACAACGGCAUCGCAGAUGCCUGCGCGCAAUACGGAAUUCCGAUCGUCGCUUACUCGCCCAUGGGACGGGGCUUGUUGACAGGCCAAUUCAAAAAACACGAGGACUUGCCCAAGGACUCACUGCUACUGCAAUUCGGAUUUCCGAGAUUUCAGCAGGAAAACUUUGAGAAGAACUUGCAGCUGGUUAACAAAGUCGAGGAGAUCGCCACGCAAAAGGGCUGCACUCCUGCGCAGUUGGCGAUCGGGUGGACGAUCGCGCUGUCGCGGAGAUUGAACACCACCAUUGUCCCAAUUCCGGGAGCGUCGACGGCUGCAAGAGUUGAGGAGAAUAGCAAGUUUGUUGAGGUCUCGGACGAGGAGUUGGCGCAGAUUGAUGAGGUCCUGAAGGGAUUCACGACUGCGGGGGAGCGUUAUCCUGCUGCCAUCCAGACCAACACUUAGCUCACCUCAUUAAGUGGUCAACAGUUGCAGCGCAUUUACACGUCUGGUUUUUAGUUACGCGAAUCUUGUUUAAACCUGCA